UGCCCUUGACCCAGUCCACCACUCUGCUAACUGUACUCAGUUCUUAGUGUAACAGUACAUCUCAAGACCUCAAGGAGCCAUAACCAGCUGUGGACACAGCGAGAGCCCAAGGAUUCUGCAUGUCAUGAUUUUUUUUCUUAUUGUCGUUUUCUGUGUCAGGUUUUCUUUGGGACAAAAGGCUUAACAGUGGGAUUUUUAAUACUGCGUUAGACCGUUCAGGAUUUACUCAACAAAAAAAACCAAAGAUUUCUACCCUGUGGACAGACAGCCACCUGAUCUGUGACAAAGCAGCGGCAGAUCUUCUAUCCUAAACCAUGGUGUUCGCAGACCUGCUUGAGCAGGUGGGCAGCCUGGGCCGUUUCCAGAUGAUCCAUGUCACCCUGCUCUCCACACCUAUCCUCAUGAUGGCAAGUCACAACCUGCUGCAGAACUUCAUCGCAGCCGUGCCUCCACACCACUGCACUGUCCAUGCCAACCUGUCUGCUUCUACAAUGGGUCCGGCUGAGACCUUGCUCCUCAGCGUGCCUCUGGACGAGCAGGGUAAAUUGGAACGCUGUAGACGCUACGUAAAUCCACAGUGGAACCUUUUGAGCAACAGCUCUGAGGACCAUGAAGAGAACGAAAUCGAAAUGGAGGGAUGUAUGGAUGGAUGGAGUUAUAACAAGACUGACAUGAGCUCAACCAUUAUUACAGAGUGGGAUUUGGUGUGUGACUUAAAAUCUCUGAAGCAAAUGUCACAAACCAUUUACAUGGGAGGGGUGCUUUUGGGAGCAUUGGUCUUUGGAGGACUGUCUGACAAGUUUGGCCGGCGUAUUUUGCUCCUGAUCUCUUACCUGCUUUUGGCAGUUACAGGGACAUGCAUCGCAUUUGCAUCCUCUUUCUCGAUUUUCUGUAUGUUCCGCUUCUUCAGUGGCAUGGCCCUCUCUGGUAUAAUUCUCAACUCCUUCUCCCUCAUUGUGGAGUGGAUCCCCACUCGCAUACGAACUGUGGUGGGUACAAUGACAGGUUACUGUUACACCACUGGGCAGCUGAUCCUGGCAGCGGUGGCUUAUAACAUCCGAGACUGGCGCUGGCUCACUCUGGCCGUCUCUCUACCUUUCUAUGUUUUCUUCCUCUACUCAUGGUGGUUCUUGGAGUCUGCAAGGUGGCUUGUUCUUACCAAGAAGCCUGAGGAGGCUGUUAAAAAUCUUAAAACUGUAGCUCGGAUCAAUGGCCGCCAGACUGAGUGUGACAAAAUCAAUCUUGAGUUGCUACAGGAAUCAAUGAAGAAGGAGCUGUCUUGUACAAAGGUCAAUCAUAGUGCUCUGGAUCUUGUGCGGACACGCAGCAUGAGAUCCAUCACUGUGUGUCUCAGUGCAGUGUGGUUCUCGACAAGCUUUUCCUACUAUGGUUUGUCGAUGGAUUUACAGAAAUUUGGCGUGAACAUAUAUUUGAUUCAGGUGAUCUUCGGUGCUGUGGACAUUCCAGCCAAAAUCGCUGUCACAGUAGCAAUGAGUACUCUAGGACGCAGGAUAUCCCUGUGUGUAUCACUGGUAUUGUCUGGUAUUGCCAUUUUCGCCAAUAUGAUAGUGCCUUCUGAACUACAGGUAUUGCGUACCUCCUUGGCAGUACUUGGGAAAGGUUGUCUGGCUGCUUCCUUCAACUGCUGUUAUCUUUACUCGGGAGAACUUUAUCCCACAGUGGUCCGGCAGAACGGCAUGGGAUGGGUGUCUACGAUGGCUCGUCUAGGGGGAAUGGUGGCUCCAAUGGUGCUUCUCAUUUCCGAGGCAUUCACCUGGGCCCCGGGUUUAAUCUAUGGAGGAGCUCCUAUAGUGAGUGGAGUCUUUGCUUACUUCCUCCCAGAGACACUAAAUAUUCCACUUCCUGAUACCAUCCACGAUGCUGAGGAAAGAGGUCUCAAGAAGAGAAAUUUCAAAACCUCUUCCAAGAAGGAGGAAGUGACCCUGAAAGACCAGUGUGAUAUACCACUGAAGGAAAGUGCUUGAGGAACAAGUUACAACAUUUUAACAAUCUGUUGUCAAAAUGCAACAGAAUGAGUAGGAAUUUACAUUUGUACUAAAAGUUGAUUGUUUUGUGUGGCAUGUAACCAUUGCAAAACUGUGUAUUCAUUACACAUGCAUAAAAUCUUUAAAUUUUAAGUAAAUUUAUAUAUAUAU